UAUUAAAAGCCGAAUGAAGUCUGAUCACGUCACAGUCUCAAAAUAAUUAGUUACAUAUUGAAUUAUAAUUAAAAUCAGUAUUGGAAUAAUUUUUUUUAUAAAUUAAAGUAAAGUACGAAAUAAAUAUAAAGUAAUAAGUAACAAUAAUAACAAUGGAUAAAUCAAAAAUAGGUAAUAAUUCAGGAAUGGAGUUACCACCAUUGCGUAGUCUUGAUGAUUUUAUAUUAGAAUCGGCACGUUUUCAAAUUCCAAAUUUAAAAGAUCUUGAUAAAUGGGGAAACCGAGUUGUCAAUAAUUUACUUUACUAUCAGACGAAUUAUUUUUUUAUGUCUGUUAUUAUAUUUUUGAUUGUUGGGAUAAUUCAUCCAGGAAAAAUGCUAUUGGGUAUGAUAUCAAUGGCAAUUGUAGUGGCAAUAUUUGCAUAUGUUUCAAGUGAAGGAAGAGCGAUACACAAUUUCAAAAAACAAAACCCACUUGCCGGUCUUCUGAUUGUUAUUUGUGGUGGAUGUUUUCUUACAUAUACUUUAGGAUCACUUCUUGUAUUUCUCUUUGGUAUUUUAUUACCUUUUUCUGCAACAUUUGUACACGCAUCAUUGAGAUUAAGAAGUAUUAAAAACAAAGUUGUCAAUAAAAUUGAGGGAAUUGGAUUGAAGCGCACACCCAUGGGAUUAUUCCUCGAACAACUUGGUAUAAAACAAGAACUCUUCACAUAAAUUACUCAACAAAAUAUUUAAAAUCUCAACUAAUUAAUUACAAUAAUACAUUAUUGCUUUAAAAACGUUUACCAAAACAACGAAAUUUAAUUGUAAUGCAGAAAAAAAUUAAAUAAUUAUAUAACGUGAUAUUUUUAAAAACUAAUAGUAUUGUUAAUCACUAAAAAGUUGAUAAUAUUUUUCAUAACUAUUUAAAAUCAGCAUUUACUCUUGAUAAUCUGCUUUAUUAAUUUCCAUACUGUAAAUCAAUUAAAAGUUAUUAAUUAAUGUAAAUCUUACAUCAUCUUUAUUAUCAUUAUUUAUU